AGGCCUCGAGCACCAGGCGUCCAGCUCCUCCCUCCUGUCUUUCAGCGACCGCGACAACCACAUCGGGCUUGAACAGACAGGCGAGUCGAGAACUUGGGACAAGCACUCGAGCAGAAGCAUCUGCACCGAGACCGAGCGCGAGGCGGAGAGGCUGGCGGCGCUGGCGCGGGUGCAGCUGGACCGGCUCGGCGACGACGGGCAGGUCGGGAGCUGGGGGGACGCCGCGAAGGCUCUGCGGAGACUGCUGGACACGAAGGCACCGCGUGGGCCGGAGCAGCUGGCCGAGCUGCGGGAGACGGCCCGGAUCUUCGCCAGGGAGGCGCUUAGCAAGAAGAUCUUCAGCUUCAGGUACAAGCAGCGGAACCACGAGGGGCGAGCUGUCCAUAUUGCUGCCAUCCACCGGGAUGGUCACAGUCUCAUGGCCGAGCUGCUCGACCUGGGGGUGGACCCGACGACUGCCUGCACGUUUUCCGCUUUCGACAACCCCUGCUCCGCCACGGCCCUGCACCUCGCCGCCGGCUGCGGGCACACCGAGGUGCUGAGGCAGCUGCUGCAGGCCAGCGUGGACGUCAACGCGCGCAGCACGUCGAAGGGGCGCGAGAAUUACACGGCCCUCCACGAGGCCAGCUUCUUCCAGCAGACGUCCGCGGUCGAGUUCUUGCUACGGGCGAGCGCGCAGCCUGACGCGAGG